GGGAGGCGCGGGGGACCCCAAAAGCAGCUCCUUCCUGGGGAGACGCUCGGCUGCCAAGUCGCUCCUCCGCCCUCCGGGUCUCUGGGCUCCGCGCUGUCAGCGGGGUGCCGAGGGGCCUAUAGAAGGGGCGGGUUCGCUCCAGCCAGAAAGCCCAGAGCCGCCCAGGAAUUUUGGCUGGAACUGUGAGCAUUUCCUCCCCGGCCCGUCCGGAGCGAUCCGGAGCGGGAGGCCGCGGGCAGACGCCGCGCCCCGUCGGCCGGGAGGCACCAUGCGGCCGCUGCUCUGCGCGCUGGCCGGGCUCGCCCUGCUCCGCGCCGCGGGCGCCGUGGCCGCUGCAGAACCCUUCAGCCCUUCCCACGGAGGCCCAGCUCAGAGCACAGGGUGUGACAGACACAUGGCUGUCCAAGGCCGUCUAGACAUCUUGGAGGAGACACUGGAAAAGACAGUGGAGCACCUGGAGACAGAAGUGAAAGGCCUGCUGGGCCUGCUGCAGGAGCUGUCUUGGAACCUGCCCCCGGGGCCCUCCAGUCCAGCCCCUGACCUCCUUGGAGAUGAUCGCUUCUGAGUACAGUGGUGAAGGAGCCUCACAGCUGGGGGGAAUGCACCUGCAGACAGCACCCCUCUGAGGAUGGAGCCGCAUCUCACCUUCCUUCCCCAGCUUUGUGUGAAAUAAAAGCUACUCCUUUGGU